UCUUGUUACUUUAAACUCUGGAAGUAUUUAAGGCUGAAGGUGGAAUUUAAAAAUCAGGCUUAUGUGGUCCACGUUCUCUCAAAAAACUAUGGCUCGUUUCACUGACAAGGUUGCUAUUAUCACUGGUUCAUCAAAUGGAAUCGGUCGUGCCACGGCUGUGCUUCUGGCUACUGAUGGAGCUAAAGUUACAAUUACCGGAAGAGAUGCAGCUAGACUUGAAGAAACACGACAAGCGAUUUUAAAAGCAGGAAUUUCAGCAACAAAUGUAAACUCUGUUGUCGCAGACGUUACCACUGCUGAAGGGCAAGAUCUUCUUAUUUCAUCUACCUUGGAUAAGUUCGGAAAAAUUAAUAUUUUGAUCAACAACGCCGGAGCUAAUAUUCCAGAUUCUCAAGGACAAACUCGCACUAAAUGCAGCAUCGAAAAUCUUACCAAGAUGUUUCAGCUCAAUCUUCAGAGCGUCGUCGAAAUGGUUCAGAAAGUGCGACCACAUUUGGCAAAAACCCGCGGAGAGAUCGUCAAUAUUUCAAGUAUUGGAGCGGGGCCAGCGGCUCAACCCGCCAGUCCAUACUACUCAAGCGCUAAAGCUGCUUUGGAUCAAUAUUCUCGAUGUGCCGCAAUCGACUUGAUUUCUGAAGGAAUUCGUAUCAACGUUGUUCAACCUGGUUUUGUUUCCACUGGAUUCUCGACAGCUGCUCGAGGACUUAGCGCGGAUGAAUCUGUCAAAUUCUACGACUUGAUGGGGUCCCUACCACAUUGUAUUCCAGCUGGAUACUGUGGUCAACCAGACCAUCUCGCAUCUGUAAUUGCAUUCCUGGUUGAUCGAAAGGUCUCCGAGUACAUCGUAGGACAAACGAUCAUAGCCGAUGGAGGUUCCUCAUUGGUUAUCGGAUGUCAUGCCCCGCGCCAGUAAACUUGGAAGAAGUAUUUGAUCUCGUAAACAAGUACGUCGUUUCUAUAUUUUUUAAAUUGCACUUUUAUCUCAAGAAUGUAACAAUCUUCUAAAACAUAAAAUAUUUUUUAUAAAUAA